UUUUUGAAAUUGUACAAAGAAGAGGAAUCGAAGACUGAUAUUUGACUUCCUUAUCUCUUCCCAUUAUCUUCUGUGCCUAUUUGUUUCAGUAGUCUUACAAGCAGACAAAGCGUACCAGGUACAACUUCGUAACGGACCAAUGGAUCCAGUCAACGCCGCUUGACUACUAUUUUUUCUUUUCUAAUUUUAGUUUUAAAACCGCCGAUUGACAACCAUUUUUUCUUCUUCAACAAACACAAAAAGACAAAACUGAGUUAAGCCCCAGGGUGUUUUUGGUAAUUUACACACGAUAUUCGAUUCUCUGCCGUUAUAUAAAGUCACCGAAUCCUUGUUUCAACGCCAAUCACUGUCGUUUUACUACAGAUUCUCAAGGGUUUCUUUCGCCGGAAAAUUUUCGAAAAUGAGAACUCGCAGUGGGAACUUGUAUCCGGUGGAGGAUAACAAUAACAUCAGUGGUCGGAAGAGAAAAGGUCGUGAUUUGACCGGAGUAGGGAAGGUGAACUGCCGGAAAAGAGGGAAACCGUCGUCUGGUGGCGUUGAUAAUUUUGAUAGGCUGCCGGACGAACUCGUUCUUUCUAUUCUUACAUUCGUCGGAUCCAGAGCUGAUUGUCCGGCCGACUUUCUGGCCGUUUUAGCAACAUGCAAGAGAUUCAGAGGUUUGGGGUAUGAUUCGUCUGUGUUAUCAAAAGCUUCGGCAGAAACAUUUGGCGUCACAGCUAAGAAUUGGUCUGAAUCUGCACAUCGGUUUCUGAAACGGUGUUCCGAUGCCGGCAAUGUUGAAGCUUGUUACACACUGGGCAUGAUUCGAUUCUACUGUUUUCAAAACUGGCAAAAUGGAGCAUCUCUUAUGGCGAAGGCGGCGAUGAGUUCGCACGCUCCGGCGUUGUACUCACUUGCCGUCAUCCAUUUUAACGGUAGCGGCGGCUCGAAGUCAAAAAAAGACUUAGGCGGCGGCGUUUCUCUAUGUGCCCGUGCGGCUUUUCUCGGUCACAUUGACGCCCUCCGGGAACUUGGCCAUUGUCUCCAAGACGGUUACGGCGUUACUCAAAACAUAACCGAAGGCCGGCGGUUUCUCGUUCAAGCUAACGCCCGUGAACUAGCAGUAGCUCGGUCGACAAUCCCAUCGACAUUAAUUCCCGGUGACUGGCUGAAGCUGAACCCGGUCCUCAUCCGCCGUGGGAACACCCUGAUCCCUGGGUGUCCGUUACUGAGUGAUUUCGGGUGCAACGUCAUUCCGGAAUAUCAUCCGGCCAACCGUUUUCUUGCCAGUUGGUUCGCCAAUCGGGUACCUAGUCCGGAAUUGCUCAUAUGUUCUCAUGCUGGUUGCGGUCGACCGGAGACGAGGAUGCAGGAGUUUCGCCGGUGCGCGGCGUGUGGUGUCGUGAACUACUGUUCACGAGCAUGUCAGGCACAGGACUGGAAAAUGCGACACCACAAGGAGUGUCGACAGCUGAUGAGGUUUCACAAUGUCAUCGCCGGCGGAGGUAAUGUCAACCCUAAUCGGGUUGAGAAUAACGUCGGUCAGAGAUGAAACGAUUACCGGUGGCCGGAGAAGCUGGAUGUAACGGAAAUGGUGAGGCCAUUCAGUCAAAAGUCAAACACAAAGGUUCCGCUGAGGGCAGUUCUGGAAUUUCCACAGAUCAGCCUACAUUUUCUGGUCGCCGGAAUCUAGUUUAGUUGAAGGGUAGCAAUUUUGUACACAAUGAGAAAUUGAGAAUAGCUAGUAAUAGUAUAGCUCCCUUUUUUAAUUAAAAGAUUUAAAUAAAUAUAUAUUUAGUCAUUUAAUUUGUGAAUAAUAAAA